CUUUGAAUUAUUGCUGUCUUGACACUCACAAUCGCACGCUCUCUCUUUAUUAUGUCUCUUUCUGAAAGAGACAUUCUGAUUCUUUAAAUCGAUCAAGUCUUUCUCUCUAGGGUUGCCUGCUCUUCUAUCACUGAUAUAAGAUAUGGGAAAGAGGAAGGCAAAAACAAAGCCACCUCCAAAGAAACGAAUGGAUAAGCUUGACACUGUCUUCAGCUGCCCUUUCUGCAAUCAUGGCACCAGUGUUGAAUGCCGCAUUGACAUGAAGAACUUGAUAGGGGAAGCUUCUUGCGGGAUAUGCCAAGAGAGCUUUAGCACUACCAUCACAGCUUUAUCUGAGCCAAUAGAUGUAUACAGUGAAUGGAUUGAUGAAUGUGAACGGGUGAACAACUUGGAAGAUGAUGGUGCUUAGCAGCGAUGCCAAGGGUACCUGUUCUGAUGGUAGUGGAUGGAGUAACUACCCAACUUUAUAUCUUCUCCAACCUGUAAUUGUAAAAGCAUGUGCAAGAACAUGAGAAUAAUUGUUCUGUUUAGAUGAAGCCAUCUUGAAUGGAAGCUGCGUAUGUAAUAUAUAAGUUUAUACUCUUGCAGUUUAUGUUUGCUGGUUGCAUAUGUAAAGCUCUUAUUUCUUUC